UUCUUCUCCAUUUAUUAGCUGGCAUUCUCCUCUAACGAAGAGCUUUUCUUCACCACCUGGGGAUGAUUGCUGAUUACAGGUCUUCCUAAAAAGAGCCUUUGCCACAUCUGCAGCUGGAGUACCAACCAGGUCGCAACUGUGAGUUCAUCUCCUUCGCUGUGGGCGGAACAUCUGGCCAUAGAUCUCACUGAGGCACGGAUCCGCAACGUUCACAGAUGACCUAGGCCUGCAGCCUCACACACGCCCUCCAUGCACCACAGCAUCAAAGCUCGGGGAUGAACUGAUUGAAUCGUAACGAACCUUCUCCCUGCUUUUUAGGAUGGCUGCGCUUCUUCUAAAGAGGCUCACAUUACAAACCAUAAAGACUGAAAAUAAUUGCAUUAGCAGGUGUCUUGGUAAAUACAUCCUGCACAAGACCAUACCAGCGCAGCUGUCCCUUGGAGCUUCUGUCCCAAGACUGUCCUACCUGAUUCAUGCAAAAGCUUUCAGUACUGUUGCAGACGCCCAGGAUGAAGCAAAGAAGAAGAAAAAGAGUGAGCCAGCUUUUAGCAACAUUGGCAGAAAAAUUCACGAGCGAGUCAUUCACGUGCUGGAUGAGGCAGGCAAUGAUUUGGGAAACAUGCACCGAGCAGACGUGAUCAGGCUCAUGAAUGAGCGGGACCUGAGGCUCGUUAAACGGGACAGCGGCGUGGAACCUCCGCAGUACCAGCUCCUGACGGGGGCACAGAUUCACAAGGAGCAACUGAGACUUCGGGAAUUGGAAAAGGCCCGCCCCAAACCUGGACCUACCCUGACAAAGGAACUCACUUUUUCUUCAACUAUUGGACAACAUGAUUUGGACACAAAGAAUAAACAGAUUCAGCAGUGGAUUGAGAAAAAAUACAAAGUUCAAAUUACCAUAAAAAAAGGGAAGAACACAGAGGAGCCAGAACAUAAGAUGGAGGAGAUCUGUAAUCAAAUACUCCAGACUAUGCCUGGAAUAGCUACCUUCUCUUCCCGGCCACAGCCUGUUCGGGGAGGAAAAGCUGUAAUGUGUGUUCUUCGUCAUUUGAGCAAAAAGGAAGAGAAUGCGUAUAGAGAAACUCAAGGAACCCAGAAAGAAGACACUCUGAACAAAGAAAACAGAAACAAUCAAGAAUCAGAUGUUGUGCAUCAGUGAUUUUAAUAAAGAAAAGUGUGCUUCUGAGCAGAAAUAA